AUGGCUGGUCCAGAAGAUAAAAGAAGGCCUGCCGCACUCAAUCUCACUGCAGCUCGACCUGGAACAUCAGAAUCAUCAUCCUCAGACGGCUCUCUAAAGCCCCGAACUCCUCGAUUUGCCGAAGCAACCUCAGUCCACUCACCAGUCGAGGCUCGAUCACCAUUCGCCGAUCCCGAAAAGUCACACGUUGCUCAACCUCAACCCGCUGACAUUGGUUUUGGAUACAUCGCCCAGCGAGAAUCGAUUCCCGUCCCAAUGACUCCUAAGACGCCACUCAAGAGCGCCAUGAAGGUGCCGGGAACACCUGCUCACCUCAGGAAUCCCAUGAGCCCAACAUUUCGAGAGGAGGAUAUUCUUGAGAAGCGUGAACUGUCUACCGAGAAGGAGCAGGCCCGUGAUGUGAAAAUCAAAGCUCGAGUCCGCCUGGCCAAGUUUGCACUCCGAGGUGUCAACUUCAGCUGUUCUCUUAUCAUUCUUGCGAUGCUUUCGGCCUCGUUCUCUAUUUUCAACGCCACUAGAUCCUUACCUGAACAGAGCAAGAUGCCCUCGUGGGCCAAGAACACCAACUCGUGGCCCCAGAAACUUGUUCUUGCUAUGGCUUGUGUCUCUCUUCUUGCUUGUAUCAUUGUCUUCAUUGCCUAUUGUCGAGGUGGCCACCGACGUGCCGAGAAAGUAGGAACCUACUACACCAUGUUCGCCAUUGGCUGGUUUAUUCUCGCCUUAGUCCUCUGGGUUAUUACUGCUAUCCUUUUCCAAAACUCAAGAAACAACAGUAAUAAUAAGGACAUGUGGGGUUGGUCUUGUGUAAACAACCAUCGAUCCGACGUCUUCGGCGAUAAAGUCGACUAUGCACUCGUUUGCCGUCUUCAAAACUGGGCCAUGAUUUGCAUCAUCAUCGAGAUCGUCGUCGAGGUUCUCGCCAUUCUCCUUUACAGCGUUGUCUUCUACCGCUACUACACCAAGCGACGCCUUUUCAAGUCCAUGGACAUGCGAGACCGCGCCCGUUCCGAUCUUUACCUUGCUCAACUCCGCAGCCAGUCUGCGCCCAACACUCCUGGCUUCGGUCCCAAGUCUCCCGCCCUCAGCGCCUAUGCCAUGUCCCCCCGUCAUCCUCCCGCUGCCUACCGAAACCUGUCCGACAUCAGCGAGAACCCCAAUCCCAACCCCUUCACGCCAGGUACUCAGUUUGUUGAGCCUCAGUCUCAAUUCGCUCCUCAAGAUACUGGCUUCAAGCUUCAAGCUCCUCCCAUGAAGGCUCCCUCUGCUACCCCUAAGCUGAACCAGUCCGCUUUCACGCCCACUGAAGCUUCGCCUCCUGCAAUUCCCACCGUUCACAUUUCCGAACACGGUCCCACAGGCUCAGAUGAGCCCACGUAUGAGGCUGUCCCUAUCCCCGGUGCAUACACCGGACAGGCUAUCAAGAGUCCACCAGCCGCGCAAACAUCCUUUGGCCAAAGCUACUACUAG